GCCAAAAUGGCGCUAUAGUCGACUAUCGACUUAAAAAUUAUAUCUACUCGCAGCUUCAUAUUUAUAUACAGCAUAAAAUAAAUACAGCAAGAUGCCUUUAUAUAUGUAAUUCAUAUGCAUGUAUUAGUUACUUAUAUGUAAUAAUUGUGUUAUCUAUUUAAUUACAUAGCACAUUUGCGAUUUCAAAAAGAAAUUUGAUAUCAAAUUCCUUUCAGAUACGGAUAUUUUGCUUGAUUGUUUAACUUCCUUUUUAUUUUACUGUCCUUUUUGAAGAAUUUUUACACGGAACUACUUGUUGGUAAAAAAAUUGAAACUUGAAAAAGGAAAAUUUUUAUUUUGAAUUUUGUUCCGAGGAUUUAUUCUGUUCGGGCAUUCCUAAUGCCGUCCUGCGCUUUAAUUAAGUGCCCUAGAUAAAGUGUGAAUUAUUUGCCGUGAUCAAGGCUCUGUAGUACACUAGACACUGUAGAACGGUAGGUGUCGUCAUAGUUAAUGUUAGUUCUCCUUGCUAGAAGGAAGUAAACGACAACCGCUCCGAUAAGACUAACCAGAGGCUAGCACAGUGUGACGCUGAAGCGUUUAUUUGGAAAGGUGUGGUGACUUCAACACCCAAUAUGUUGGUCGUGGGUUUUAAAUGAAUUGCUGCCCAUCUUAAAGUGAGUAAAUUAUUAUUAAUUAUAACGAGAAGUGAUCACAGACAGGGCAAUGCUUGAGGUCUUAAACGAUACGAAACUCGGGAUUAUGUGGUAGAAAUGGUUUCUUUUGGUGCCGCUGUAGAGUAGCGCCAGGUUCCUGAGUAAAGGGAAAUCAGAAACUAUCGGAGGAAAAUAACUGACAGCUGAAGAUCACAAAGCCAUCGCCAGGAGAAACGAUAAACGGUACCAUGGCGGACGACGCUGGUAAAGAAGCCGUGGCGUCCAGUCACGGGAACGGAGCUCCGUUGUUAGCGAGUUUAGGUCACUUUUUGCCGGCCUCCCCUCCUCCCGCGUUGGCUGCCGAGACCGGCCUGGCCGCGACGUCCCCGGGUGUAGCGCACCACCUCACUACGGACAUGGAAAGCCAUGAGAGCGGCGUCGUGAACACGAGCGGCACGGCGCUAGCAGCUGUGCCGCCAUCACUUCCACCAAGCAUCGGCCUGGGACUGACCGGAGCUCCAGCGAGUCUAGCUGGAGCGGGGCUUCUGUCGCAGAUUCACGCCACGUCCUGGGACCCCACACUGAGCACCGACUGGGACAACGAGAAAGCGUCGCAGCAGUGCAUCCUGCGGAUAAAGAGAGACAUUAUGUCCAUCUAUAAGGAACCUCCACCUGGCAUGUUUGUGGUUCCUGAUCCUCAUGAUAUGACCAAGAUUCAUGCACUAAUCACAGGUCCUUUUGAUACACCAUAUGAGGGCGGUUUCUUCCUCUUUCUGUUCCGUUGCCCCCCUGACUACCCUAUUCACCCUCCACGUGUCAAACUUAUCACCACUGGGCACAACACGGUGCGUUUCAACCCCAACUUUUAUCGCAACGGCAAAGUUUGCCUUAGCAUUCUCGGCACAUGGACUGGGCCAGCAUGGAGCCCUGCUCAGAGCAUCUCUUCAGUUCUCAUCUCUAUCCAGUCUCUGAUGACUGAGAACCCUUACCACAAUGAGCCAGGCUUUGAACAGGAGAGGCACCCAGGAGAUAGCAAGAACUACAAUGAGUGCAUCCGCCAUGAGACAAUGCGUGUGGCUGUUUGCGAUAUGUUGGAAGGGAAGGUGCCAUGUCCAGAGGCCUUGGGGGCGGUGAUGGAAAAGUCUUUCUUGGAGUACUAUGACUUCUAUGAAAGUGUGUGCAAAGAACGUCUUCACCUACAAGGGCAGAAUAUGCAGGAUCCUUUUGGUGAGAAGAGAGGCCGUUUUGACUACCAGGGUCUGUUGGCACGUCUCAGUGCCACACAGAGGCGUUUGCGGGAAAAAAGCCCUCCUGAGGACAAUGAUGGGGACUCCGAUUCGGACACCAGCUCAUCUGGGACAGACCCAGACAGCCAAGGCAGCUCCCAGCCAUAGAGUACUCCAUAUAGGCAAAGUGAAAGUAUGAGAAAGCAGUUGUCUUUCCUGCACCCCUGGACGCUUUUUAACAAGCAAACCGCACAGAGCAUUGGGAGAAGUUGUGGAGUCUGCAGAUUAACACAGGAUUAGUCUAUCUCCUGUUUUUCUUUUGAUUGGUUUGUUUGUCCUCUCUUUCUCUCCUAGCCAGUGGUUGCCUCUUUGCUGAGGAAGAAAUGUGAUGUCAAUUGUGGGAAGGGGGUCUGAAGACGAAUGCAAGUGUGUGUGAUUCGAUACGUGUCAGCAGUUUGGCUCUCAGACAUGCACAGACACACACACAAAUACAGUCUGCUUAUUGGAGAACAUAAUUACACAUACACACCCCCUCCCUUCAUCUAGAGGUUAUCCACACACUCCAGUCUCCUUGACUUUAAUUUCUGUUCAUUAAUGUGUUCAUGGUAAGCUAAGCAUUUAUUCAUCGAAUCAUUAAAAAAAAAUAUUUUCAACAUUAUGAAUGGAGUCAUAAUUUUGACAUGAAUUCAUAAUGAAAUGCUUUACUUGUUCUAAGAAAAAGAAAUGCUGAUGCAACUAUAAAACAAUUGUAAAUACUUAAAUAUUGUGCAUAGAAAAUCUUUAUUUUACUGUUGUGUUAUUAAAAGCUAUUCAAAACA